AUGUCUCAGCUUACACUGGCACUGCUCGUGGUGGCUUGCGGUGGAAUCGUAACAGAUGGCAGUCUUUUAGAGCUUGCUGACAUGAUCAAUGAUGUCACUGGGAAAGAUGCCGUGCUGGAAUAUUCCUUGUACGGGUGCUACUGCGGAUGGGGAGGCAAGGGAAGGCCAAAGGAUCAAACCGAUUGGUGCUGCCAGCGACACGACUGCUGCUACGGCCAGCUGGACGACCAGGGCUGUGAAACCAAAAUCGAGGAAUAUACCUAUACGUACCGCUCUGGGAAAGUCACCUGCUGCGAUUCACCGUCGCAGUGGGAAUCGAUGAUGAAAACUGGAGCCUGGUGUCAGCGGCAGACCUGUGAAUGUGACAAGAAAUUUGUGCAGUGCCUGAAGAAGCACUUAAAGACCUACCAACAUGCAUACAACUUCUAUUUAAAAGAUUCCUGUUCUGGCUUAAACCCUCAGUGCCAGUCCUGA